AUGAGAUUGUCUACAUAUACCGUUGUCCUUGUGGCAAGCCAGUUGGCUUCUGCUUAUACCACCAGAGCAUCCACCACUGAGUCGUCUUCGACUUCUACGUCAACCUCCCCAACCUCAACCUCAACCUCCACAUCCAGUACCCCAACCACCACGUCAACCACUCCGGGCACCACAUCCACUACCCCAACUUCAACCUCCACUUCUUCAACCACAUCCACUACUCCGACAACUACCUCAACAACUACCCCAACAACUACCUCAACCACUUCUACCCCAACUACUACCUCAACCACCUCCACCUCAACUCCUACCCUUGCCACCUCCACUUCCACAACUGCUACUCCGGAAACUUCUACCUUCACCACCCCUACAACUUCAGUCUCACCUACAACAGAAGAAACUUCCACGGAGGAGCUUCCUACUACCACUUCGGAGUAUGUCGUGACAACAGUGGUCGGUGAGACCUCCACAAACACUUACUAUAUCUCCACCACCACUGCAGUCGCCCUUGUCGUCACCUACACUAAUACUGUCACUUUGGUCGACACAGAAGUCUCCACCUCUAUUGAUGCCAGUACUGGAUCGACUCUCAUUGUGGGACCGACCGUCACCUCCUUCUACACAGUCCCCGUGACUGCGACGCCGACAGGGUAUUUCAACGAGACUUCGUUGGAUGUUUCGUACGAGACGUUGGAGUCGACGUUCGUGGAGUCUUCGUACUCGUACUUUACGAGUUACAACACUCAUUACUUGACUGAGUUUGAGACUUCGUACUCGAAGGAAGUUGUCACCGCAACAUAUAUCGCUUGGGAUACAGAGGUUGUUUCUUCUCUCAGCCUAACUACCGGCUACCAAACUUUGGUGUCGACCCACUAUCCAAGUACCGUGGUGUCGACAGUCACUCCAGAGACUAGUAGCACAACCUGGUCGAUUCCUGCAACCCCAACUCCAACGACAAGCCCGACCUCGUCCGGCGAAGCCACUUCAACGGCUGCAACCACCUCCACGGAAUCGACCUCUACCAGCGAGACCAGUGAAGCAACACUACCAACUGUGACAGUCACCUCUGUUGUCACCGAAAGCACUUGUUUGGUUUGGGCAAACAGCGCUACUACCUGGACCAGCUCUGCUUCGAGCGAGACCAGUGGUUCAUUGUUCACUGCCCAAGCCCUUGAAAACGAAGCUAGGGGACAAAACGAAAAAUCAGGAAUUGCAAAGUGGGUUGCAAUAAUGUCAUGGAUCAUCAUUGUGGUCAUGAUCUGA